AUCCUAAACGUUACGCGCUAUAAAGCCGGGAGAAACAAACCAAAAGAGAGACAGAGACAGAGCGAGAGAGAGAGAAAGAAAGAGAGAGACAGAGAGAGCAAGAACAGAAGAAUGUCAAAACUUUAAAUUCCUUUAAAUUAUUAUUUUUUUUUUACAUUUCACAAAUUGUCCUCACUUGUUUCGUAGUAAACGAAAGCUGAAAAGCAGCUGUGACAAACGCCGCAGUGUCCUUUUACAUAAACUUUCCAAAAUGGCAGAUGUCUAUUAUUACACACUGAAGAUAAACUGUGUGACGUUUUCCCUUCUCUCUUUCUUUUUCUGUGUGUGUGUGGAAGCCUUGCCCUGCCCUGGCCAGAACAGUAGUCUGGAAUACCGAGGGCUUCUUCUUUCAGCAGCCUCAAAAGCCAAUCACAUCGCUUUAGCCUCGGGCUGCCAGCGGCCAGCCAAUCGGAGCAGCCCUCUGUGGUCACCUGACUCAGCAUGGCCCUGUCUGUCAAGCCAGUCGUAUAAAGCUCAGUAGGCUCAGACAAGGCUGUGAAUGUGUGUGUGUGUGUGUGUUUGUGUGUGCGCGCGUGCGCAUGUGCGCGUGUGCGUGAGACCGGCCGGGACUCUCUGUACCUUCAGUUUGCUUUGUGACUGAGAGAGAGAAGGAGAGCGAGAGCGCACGCGAGAAUGAGAGCGCGCUCCUGCGAGCAGCUAUUCAAGCAAGAAAGAGUGUGAGAGAGAGACGGAAAAAAGACGAGAGGAAAAGACUUUUAGCCCAUGAGGGAAGUUAAGUCCGUCCCCCCCGUCCCCCCCACCGUGGACUCGACACUUUGGAAGCUACUUCCUCUCUGCAUUUUUAUUUCUUUUUUUUUUUUUUUGCUUUCCCCGCGAGUCCCUGAUUCCCGAGAUCCUUCGGCAUAACGGCUCAGGCGCGGAUUCGUGCCACUCGCUCGCUGGUCCCACAAUGAGCAUCCGAUCUCCAGUCAGCCAACACAAAGCCAUCUCUCUCUCUCUCUCUCUCUCUCUCUCUCUCUCUCUCUCUCCCCCCCCAUCUCCCCUUUCCUCCGUCUCUCUCCCCCCUUCUCUCUCAUUUGUCUCUCUCUCUCGCUCUCUCACACACACACACACGCAGUACAUAGACACGUCCACACAUACGUUGUGCCUCCCGGCCCUGUCCCAUCCCCCUCGACUCUGUGAUAAUCUCGCACACUGGGAGAGAGAGAGAGAGAGAGAGAGAGAGAGAGAGAGAGUGAGAGUGUGUGUGUGUGUGCGUGUGUGCGCGCGUGUGCGCAUGCAGGGCGAGGGGACGAGAGGGGAGGGGAGUGUGUGAGACAGGAUAUGGGAGUCUUUGAUGAGGCUGUGAGGCGGAAUAGAGUGCACUAUAACAGCGCCCUAAUCAGAGCAACUGUCCACACACACACACACACACACACACACACACACACACACACACACGGCUGUAAAACCUGUCUGAGAAGCACUACCUUGGGGCGAGACACACCCACGCAGACCAAGUCAACAUCCUAAUGCAUUUCCUUUAAAAGAUGCUCUCUCAUUCUGUCUGUCAGUCUCUCUCUCUCUCUGUGUGUCUCUCUCUCCCUCAUAUUCUGUCUCUCUCUCUCUCUGUCUCUCUCUCUCCCUCAUAUUCUGUCUCUCUCUCCUUCAUUCUGUCUGUCUCUCCCUCAUAUUCUGUCUCUCUCUCAUUCUGUGUGUGUCUCUCUCUCCUUCAUUCUGUCUGUCUCUCCCUCAUAUUCUGUCUCUCUCUCUCUGUGUCUCUCUCUCUCCCUCAUAUUCUGUCUCUCUCUCCUUCAUUCUGUCUGUCUCUCCCUCAUAUUCUGUCUCUCUCUCAUUCUGUGUGUGUCUCUCUCUCCUUCAUUCUGUCUGUCUCUCCCUCAUAUUCUGUCUCUCUCUCCUUCAUUCUGCCUGUCUCUCCCUCAUAUUCUGUCUCUCUCUCUCUGUGUGUCUCUCUCUCUCCCUCAUAUUCUGUCUCUCUCUCCUUCAUUCUGUCUGUCUCUCCCUCAUAUUCUGUCUCUCUCUCAUUCUGUGUGUGUCUCUCUCUCCUUCAUUCUGUCUGUCUCUCCCUCAUAUUCUGUCUCUCUCUCAUUCUGUGUGUGUCUCUCUCUCCUUCAUUCUGUCUGUCUCUCCCUCAUAUUCUGUCUCUCUCUCUCUGUGUCUCUCUCUCUCCCUCAUAUUCUGUCUCUCUCUCCUUCAUUCUGUCUGUCUCUCCCUCAUAUUCUGUCUCUCUCUCAUUCUGUGUGUCUCUCUCUCCUUCAUUCUGUCUGUCUCUCCCUCAUAUUCUGUCUCUCUCUCAUUCUGUGUGUGUGUGUCUCUCUCCCUCAUAUUCUGUCUCUCUCUCCUUCAUUCUGUCUGUCUCUCCCUCAUAUUCUGUCUCUCUCUCAUUCUGUGUGUCUCUCUCUCCCUCAUAUUCUGUCUCUCUCUCCUUCAUUCUGUCGGUCUCUCCCUCAUAUUCUCUCUCUCUCAUAUUCUGUCUCUCUCUCCCUCAAUCUGUCUGUCUCUCCCUCAUUCUCUCUCUCUCUCUCAUUCUGUCUCUCUCUCUCUCAUAUUCUGUCUCUCUCUCCCUCAUUCUCUCUCAUUCUGUCUCUCUCCAUCUAUUUCUCUCGCUCUCUUUCAUCCAGUCACUCUCUCUCUCUCUCUCAUUCUCUCUGUUCUCUCCUCUUUCUCUUUUCUCCGUCACUCUCUCUGCUCUUGCUCGUGUGUCUCUCUCUCCAUUUCUCCCUUUCUUUCUGCUCGCUCUCUCCCCUCUGCGUCUCUCUCCUCCUCCUUAUUUUCUUUCCGUCUUUCUCCUCUUUUCUCUCCGUCUGUCAUUCUUUGUCCCACCUUCCUCUUUUCCUGUGCGUCUCUCUCAAUCUCUCUCACUCUCUCUCUCCAUGUCUCUCUUUACAUGUUCUGCAUGUCUCUCUUCUUCUCUUCUCUUUCUCGCGCUCUCUCUCCCUCCCUCAUUUUUCCCGGCUCCGUUUCGAUCCCACAGAUCCUCCCCCUCAACUCCCGCAGCAUGAUUUGAAGCUAGCGUGUACUUUGCAAAUAGGAUGGGACACACGCUUACCUACAGCAAUACCCUGCUCCCCACACACACACACACACACACACACACACACACAGAUUAGAUCUUAAAUGUGCUGUUGAGUGCUAAUUUCCACACAAACUGUGAUGUGCAGCAACAGAGAAGACGACACAGUGUUAACAGAGACGCACUCCACUGAAAACGCACACGCUCUGGAUCAUCACUCGAGCCGGGUUUUAAAACGGCGGGUCACACGGUGUGUGGUGUCAAAAAUACAGAACGCCUCGGUGCUCGGCCGUACGUAAAAACAUUAAUAACACACGGUAAAAAAAACAAAACAAUCAUCCCAUCAAGAAAUCUGCACGCUUAAAGAACGUUUUCCGGACGUACUUUUAAUCUGUGUGCCGACAAAGCACGUUUCAAAGACAGGGUUUUGCUUUUAAGCCCGAAUUUUCAUUUGGAAACCUGUGACAACGCCCCGGAGAAUAUCCGCAGGGUGUGGCGAACAGUAAACACGGUAAAAUGCACAUUUUCACACCGCAUUUCGGCGUUAAAGGAGUAGAAUGAGAAUCAGAAGCGGGACUGAAUGAAGCACAUCACCAUGCUUGGUCUGGCCUUGCGCGUUUAAAGGAAAGCAACGAAGAGGGUCAAGAUAUGACUGAAAUCCGGUGAUGACAGAUUUUGACCGGGAGCUGUUAAGAAAUCUAAACAAUAAUAAUAAUAAUAAUAAUAAUAAUAAUAAUAAUAAAUUUAAUUGAUAAAACACGCUGGUUUAUAUACUGGAUCUUUUAUUUAUUUAUUUUUAAAGAAAAUUGCGUUAGAGAAGUCCACGGUUCUCUCCGAGAAGCGCAGAGCGCCUGGACGUCUCCAAAAAAAGGUUCUUUUUUUUUUUAAAUGCCACUUCAGAUCACGUCUACAAUGCCACCUCUCUCGUCUUUCAGGUUAUUAGUCUGUACGCGCCCCCUUAACACUUUGCAUUGUUGUGCCUCCGGCGGUUUCCGUCACUCAGCGCGAUGCAAAUGUAAACGCGCAUGGAAAUCACGAUAGCGUGUCUUCACAUCGCACUGUUUCGGAAUAACAUCCCAAGCCAGGCGAUGAAACACUUCUUUUUGGAAGACUCCUGGUUUUUUGGGGGAUUUUUUUUUUUUUUUUUUUUUAAACGGUGACGUGAAUGAAACUCGCAAGAGGAAGAGAGAGCUGAAAAACAAACAAACAAAAAAAUGAUAGAUAUAUAUAUAUAUAUAUAUAAAAAUAAAACAGCUGUCCUGUUUAGUUUCGUUUUAUGUCAGGAUGAGUAAUUGUGUUCCUCUGUGCUGACUUUUCACCUGGGUGUGUGUACGAGUGUGUGUGUGUGUGCGCGCAUAUGCAGGGCCGCGGCUCUGGAGGCCAGAGGAACAGGAACACGGCGGUUGAUUCCCAUAAGCUCUUGGCGGUCGUGUGCCGUGAAAAGAGCAGUGUGUAGCUGCGAAAAUAUCAACAAAUCGGAGUUAAAAUAUUUCACGUGUAAAUAAAAAAGUAUUCCGCCGAAGUGUUUUCAGCCUGCUAUUUCGAACCUCCGUUGCUCUCUGAGGCGGUUUCUCUCUGAAACAGAUCCGUACCGGUAUGUUCUAUGCGAUCGUGUAUUAUCCGGCGAUACUGAUUCUGGGCAUUCUGAAUUAAAAAAAAAAAAAAAAAAAAAAAAAAAAAAAAAAACACUGUUAGCAGGAGCAUUGAUGAGCUUAGCUGAAGUGAAAGAACUUAAAUGAAUGUGGUAACGUUUAUUCUAGUUUAGAUUUAGCAUUUCGAAGAACUGAUAAUAAAUACGAAGGAAAUCUGAAAGGACGUUUAUAAUCCACAGUGUUUCUGUUGAUUUAUUUAUUUAUUUAUUUUUUGAAAAACCUGCGAUAAUUUGCUCAGAUGAUCCUAAGUGUGAUCUCCGGUGCCAGGAUGCCAGUCUCCAGACACUGCACACUCUUCCUGUGUGUGUGUGAGAGUGUGCGCGCGCGCACUGCAA